AAGGAUCAACCAUCGUCACACGUGUUCACGUAGUAUGUUGUCAGAGGGCUGUUGUCGUUGAGUCCCGAGAAUUAACAACUAUUUCUGCUUAUAUCCUGUUUCUACCACAUCUUGAAAUGAACAUAAAGGAAGACGAAGAUUCUCUGUUUCUUGAGCACGUUUUGGAUAAACUUUACGAGUUUGAUGAUGGACCAGCAUCAAAAAAGAAGCUCAAGUCUCAAAAGAAGAAAAAAAGAAAAAGAUGUGAGGAAGAUGAAGAAGAGGAGUUACCUGCAGUCAAAGAUAUCUACAGUGACUCUGAAGACAGCCGAUUAGAUCAUGGUGGAGCUGAACACCAGCAGCAACUAUCAAAGACUGAGCAAACAGGUCCAACCAUCCAGCAGGUGAGCCAGGUGAAUGUUGUAACAUUUCAGGACCCCAGAAAGAAACCGAAAACCAAGCAGACUCCAGCACCCGACAAAAUGCCUGCCCUUCAGAAGGUGACAGAGAAGAAGGAAAGCGGCGAUCUAGAAGAGCUCAACUUGGAAAAGGCUCGUCUUGAGGUCCAUCGGUUUGGAAUCACAGGCUAUAAGAAGGAGCAGCAGCGUGUUUUUGAACAGGACAGAGCGGUCAUGCUGGGAGCCCGACCUCCUAAGAAGGGCUACGUCAACUACAAGACGCUGCAGCAGCAGAUCAAAGUGAAGAAGCAGAAAGCAAAGGAGGAGGUUCAUCCGGACCUGAAGAAAAAGAAGAAGCCGAGUAAUCAAAGGGACAAGAAGAAGAAGGUGUCCUCCAGUUCUGGUUCUGGCUCGGCCCCCACAGGUCAGAUGGGCCGCUUCAAGAACGGCAUGCUGAUCCUAAGCACUAAGGAGAUCCAGAAAAUCAAAGGCAACAAGAAACGCAGAUAGGUUAGCGAUUAAAUCCUCCAGGGAUCUGAAAACAUAAGCAGACCAGAGGAAGAACUGGCUUUUCAAAACACUGUCAGAGAUCCAUCUUACUGCAGGACUGUUUGCAGUGUUUUAAGGACGAGCACAAGAGCUGAAUACAAUGUGAGCUGUCAGGCGGAUUUCCAGAGAACUUGUCUGCAGUAAAAAAAAAUAAGACUGUGUUACUUCAGACAGACUGCUGUGCCAAGAAUCCAAUUUACUGAUCCUCAAGAUGGACCCUGAAUGGGCACAGUGGCAGGACGUAAAUGCACGAAACUGGAGACCUUGGUCAAAUCAUAUUCCAUCACAGUUAAUUUAUUUUCUUUUUAUAAAUGACCCAAAUAACAAAAGAAGACAUUUGCGUUUCUGUUGUUUUUACGCUGUAAAGGUUUUUAAAUAAUGCAGUAGCAAUGCAUUUCUCAUUUACAAACCAUGUAGUCGUAGAAAACAUUUUCAUUGGCAGGAAGGGAGGGGAUCAUAACAGUACAGAUGGGGGUAAUUAUUAAAAAAGAAAAAAAACAAUGUACACACAAGUCAACUCCUGGCAGAUGUUUUCAUGAAGCAACACACAAACAUGAGAGAGUAGUUUUUCUCCCUUUAUAAACCCUUGCAAGUAUGUACACGACUUAUUGACAGCCUCAAGAAGCUGCGUUCAAGGUGUAAACAUUACAGAUUUUUACAGAUUUAAUUUUGUUAAAGGGAAAACAUUAAAAGCUGAUGGAUUUUGAGCGACGAAGACAAUGGGGCAAAACAAGAGGUGUAAUCUGGCAGUGUGCGGCUGGGUGAGGUCACAAAUUCUCACACCGUUUUCUUGAAGCAGCUUUUGUGUUAUUUAUACAUUUCAAAGAAGAAGAAACGGCACAAAGAAAUAUGAAGCUUAUCUGCAGCACAUUGUUUCAAGCUGUAAGCAAAUCUGUAUUAUGUUAAGAUUUAAGCCUUUUUUUUCUCUUUUUUUUUUACCUGCAACCCAUGGCAAUAAACCAUAGACAAUAUAUAUAAUCAGGAGCCAUUCAACUUUUAUAGUGAACAAAUUGUAAAGGGCAAUAUACAAAAGAAAAUAAAUAUGCAAUUAAAUAUAUUUACACACUUUAUAGAGUAGAUAAAUCUGCAAUUCUUUAAGUUAAACAGCUAACAGCAGUGACAUGCUUUCCCCCCCAGCACCAUAUCUUGAGGUUAAAUUAAAUCUCACAUUCAUGGUGGGUAAGUGUUGGGGUAAAGGGACAUGCCAUACAAGCACUCUUACAAUAAUAUACUAUAUCUAGACAGGGGUGACUACAAUGUGACUCUUUUUAAAAUAUGUCAUUUUUGCAACAUAAAGUAUUGUUUUGAUGUCAAAUCAAGAAACAACUCUAUGCAGAAAAGGAAAAGGCAUAGCCUCAUUUCACCUGAUUCACUGUCUGACUUCUUGAACCUCAACCUAACACCUCUAGCUUCUGUUCCCUCCAACCAUGAUUUCCUCUGCACCAUUUUGACAUCAACACAGCCCGAAGACAUGUAACCCCAAAUCAUCCAGACUCUCCGAUGAAGGAAAAGCAUCCCCUCUGGUUUUAUGAUAGAUGCCUCACUUUGCCUGUGGGUCUAUAAUCUAUUCCUGGUUACGGCAAAGUCAACCUUGGUGGCAGGUCUGGUGUGGAAGAUGGGAGGACGGUCAGAGCUGGGCAACCUCACACGAUGCAAAAAUAAAGACCUCGGGUGAAAAGCUGGCAGUCUCGGGCACGUCAUGAUAAAUUCCCCUUUGGGUGAUAGAUUUUUGCUUUCUGGUUCGGGAGAAGUCCUGACUUUGACACUAAUGGUGCAUUCAUGUCAUGUGGGAAAGAUGGUAAACGUAGGCCUAGUUUCAGUUGGUAGACCAUAGACAUAAUGCCAAUUGAAAUGAAAAUGAAAUUACUUUCAUAUGGAUUUAUUGUUAGCAAUGAAAUGCUUCAUUUUUGCUCUAUUUUUGGUCUCUACCUACUCCUGGGGGAAAUAUCUGACUCUUUAGCUGCUAAAUGUUUCACCAUGUUCACAAGCUAGUCGCUAACUCAGUCUGUCUGUCUGUGUUUAGAGAUUUUCUUUGAUUGUUUUUUGGCCUGCUGCAGCCAAAAAUAAUGCUAUGAGAAUUCGAGAGUGAAUCAAAACAGUAAAGUUAAAGAAAACCAAAACAAUGAACUGAAAGAGGCUAAAACACUCUGUAAAGAUGAGAACUACAGAGUCCGGUAACAAUUCUCUGCGUCCAUCACUGGGAGUGUUUCACAUUACACAUUUGAUCCAAUUUUGUUAUAAAAAUAUAGAUGUUAAACAAUCUUUCCCACAUCAUUUGAAUGCAGCAUCAGGUGCAAACUGCUUUGAUUCUUAUUUAAAUAAAUAAUCUCAUCCCCAUCUCCCAAAAAGGCUCAAUCAUUAUUCUUCAGUAGUAUUUCUUACUUAUUAUUUAAAAGAUAUAAAAUUAACCAAAAUUAA